CAGAAGAAACGAACAAAAGCAUUAAGGACGAACAAAAGAACUGACAACGUCUGUCUGCUAAACAACAUUUUCUUGCCUUUCUCGCUUUUCACUGAAUUUCAACCAAGCGCACAGGACAAUGAACUCCACCGUGCUUGAAAAUACAGCACAAGACAGAUACGCAGAGUAUUUUGUUCGAAAUUUUGUUGUUGUUCUUCUUGGGAUCAUUAUUAACUCUGUCAAUGGAUUAUUUGUGUUUACAUUUUUCAGGAGCUCAAUUUUCUACAAUGACCCGAGAUACAUAUUAUAUAUUCAUCUGGUUAUGAAUGAUAUGCUCAUGGUUUUCCUAACUGUAAUUCUUUUUGUGAUGGCAUAUGCGUGGUCUAAUGUCCCUCUGCCAUUCUGUUUUAUAUUGAUAAUGAUCGCCUCCACAACUCAUAAGAAUACUCCAUUGACUUUGGCUGGUAUGGCCAUUGAGCGUUACAUUGCCAUCUGUAAACCGCUGCAUCAUCCUCAGAUCUGCACUGUACGCCGGACCUACAUCCUCAUCUCUCUCAUAUGGGGCGUUGGACUUAUACCAGCACUGGCUGACUUUUUUCUGUUUUUAAUUGUUUUUCCUCUAUCUGUCCUUUCUAAAGGUACACUCUGUAGUUCAGCGAAUCUCUAUAACUCACCGUACCAUGAAAUGAUGAGCAAAUUCCUGCUUGGACUUUAUACAUCUGCUGUGUGGCUGAUUCUUGUGUUGACAUACUGUAGAGUUCUGGUUACGGCCAGAAGAGCCAAUACUGAUAAAUCCUCAGCUAAAAAGGCUCAAAGCACCAUCCUGUUACAUGGACUACAGCUGAUGCUCUGUAUGUUAUCUUACAUCACUCCUCUUAUAGACAGGAUUUAUGCACCGCUUUUACCUUUUGAGCAGAAAAACAUUUUCUUUUUCAAUUAUAUUCUAACAAACAUGGUGCCACGACUGCUCAGUCCUCUGAUUUAUGGCAUUCGGGAUAAAAAAUUUUAUAAACACAUGAAGGGACUUUUCACAUGUCGAUUACUUGUUGUAAAAGUUGAAGCAACUAAAAGAUAAUCACAAAAAAAUAAACUGUAUGUAGAUCAG